AUGUCCUCAGGCGCAAUAUGGUGCCGUGAUGCAUGGAUGCUUUACUGGCAAGCGAUAGUCACUAGAUGUAAAAAGCGCGAUGUGCGCAUGAUCAAUAGUGACAUGUGGAAUUACCAGAGGCAAACUCUGGUUGAUGCAAGUGAUGGUGAUGAUGUGAUUGGCGUGAUUUCUUCCUUAAGCGUUGUGACAGGCGAGCAUAUCUUGAGCAAUGGUGGUCUCCUUGAGCAGGUCAACAAUCUUCAGCAUUACCCAUCAGUUGAUCAGAACAAGGAUGAUCAGCCUCCUCAAGAGGUCAUUGAGGCAUCUCAAAAGCAGAACCCUACUGGGUCUUUCAUCAAGCUUGCACAUGUGGAAUAUAGCCCAUUCCAUGACUCACCUAUCCAAACCUAUCCUGUUGGCGAAAUGUUCUUCAGUUGGGUUUUGAUUUUGGUUUGA